AGCCUCCCUCCAUUCCCAGCGGCCCCGCUCCCUCACCCAGGAACCACCUAUCAUCUCCGGAUUCUCUCCCAGGAGCUUCAAGUAGGGAUAUGUCCUCAGCACCAACCACUCCUCCAUCAGUGGAUAAAGUAGACGGAUUUUCUCGGAAGUCCGUCAGGAAAGCCAGACAGAAGAGGUCACAAAGUUCCUCACAGUUCAGGUCUCAGGGCAAGCCUAUUGAGUUAACACCUCUGCCUCUGCUGAAAGACGUUCCAUCCUCAGAGCAGCCUGAACUGUUCCUAAAGAAACUUCAGCAGUGCUGUGUAAUUUUUGACUUCAUGGACACGCUAUCAGAUCUUAAAAUGAAAGAAUACAAGCGCUCCACUCUUAAUGAACUGGUGGACUACAUUACAAUAAGCAGAGGCUGUUUGACAGAGCAGACUUACCCUGAAGUAGUUAGAAUGGUAUCUUGCAAUAUAUUCAGAACUCUCCCUCCUAGUGACAGCAAUGAAUUUGAUCCAGAAGAAGAUGAACCUACCCUUGAGGCAUCAUGGCCACAUUUACAGCUUGUAUAUGAAUUUUUCAUACGAUUUUUGGAAAGCCAAGAAUUCCAACCCAGCAUUGCCAAAAAAUACAUAGAUCAGAAAUUUGUAUUACAGCUUUUGGAACUAUUUGACAGUGAAGACCCUCGAGAACGAGACUACUUGAAAACGGUCUUACACAGAAUUUAUGGCAAGUUUCUUGGUCUUAGAGCAUUUAUCCGAAAACAGAUUAACAAUAUUUUUCUACGGUUUGUUUAUGAAACUGAACACUUCAAUGGUGUAGCUGAACUGCUGGAAAUAUUAGGAAGUAUUAUCAAUGGCUUUGCGUUACCUCUUAAGGCAGAACAUAAACAGUUUCUGGUGAAGGUAUUGAUUCCUUUACAUACAGUCAGGAGCUUAUCUCUCUUCCAUGCACAGUUGGCAUAUUGCAUAGUACAAUUUUUGGAGAAAGAUCCUUCACUCACAGAGCCAGUUAUUAGAGGGUUAAUGAAAUUCUGGCCUAAAACAUGUAGUCAAAAGGAGGUCAUGUUCCUUGGGGAGCUGGAAGAAAUUUUGGAUGUGAUUGAACCGUCACAGUUUGUUAAAAUUCAAGAACCAUUGUUUAAACAAAUUGCCAAGUGUGUAUCUAGCCCUCAUUUUCAGGUGGCAGAGAGGGCACUGUAUUAUUGGAAUAAUGAAUACAUCAUGAGUUUGAUAGAGGAAAACUCCAAUGUCAUCCUUCCCAUCAUGUUUUCCAGUCUCUAUAGGAUUUCCAAAGAACAUUGGAACCCGGCUAUUGUGGCUUUAGUGUACAAUGUAUUGAAGGCAUUUAUGGAAAUGAACAGCACCAUGUUUGACGAGUUAACAGCCACUUACAAGUCAGAUCGCCAGCGUGAGAAAAAGAAAGAAAAAGAACGUGAAGAAUUGUGGAAAAAACUGGAGGACCUGGAGUUAAAGAGAGGUCUUAGACGUGAUGGAAUAAUUCCAACUUAACAACAGCAAAAAAAAAAAAAAUUGACAACAGCAUUAUUAACCUGUGGAGUCACACAUUUAUGUAGUAGAAGAUGGAGCAACAGUUUUCUGUAUUGUGCAACUUUACAGUAGAUUUCACAUUUGUUUCAUUAUUACAACAGCACUGUAUAUACCUGUCUCUAAGUAAAGGAAAAAAAAUAAGGACUUAAAUCCAAAGUUUGGACAGUAGAUGGACUUCUCAGAACUUUGCAAACAUAAUCAUUGUUCUAACCCUACUUUAAAAGCAGUCUUCAGAGAUCUGUUGAUAAAAUUGCUAUGUUAAAAUUCCAUUGUCAGGAGUUCCUUAUUUAUCAUUAGCAGAGAGUAUGAUACAAUUUUCAAAUGUGAACAAUCUUAAAUUUAGCUUGUCUUUCUGCUAAAUUGUUAAAUGUAUUUAUAGUAAAAGGAAAAAAAAAAAGACUGUCAUUUCCUUAUAAGUUUGUGUAACAUCCUCCUUCUCUGGAUAACUUUACUGUAAUUUGACAUCUUUUCCUUUUGCACAUCUUCAUAAGUUGAAUGUCCACAAAGAACAGGGCCCGUGAAUACACAGGUCCCUGCUAAGGUUUUGUUUACUGGUGUGAGCGAGCAUCUUUCCAGUAACCAGGCUAGUCCUCAUACUCCUUCAGUUUUCACAUCAGGAGUAAAAUAUAGAGAGGUGAUAAACAUGGUAGGGAAGGGAAUUUUGGAUUCAUGCAUCAGUUUAUGAUGGAUCCAAAUCAAUGUCUUGAAUCCUUUUGAAAACAGGCACUGGUACAUCACAGACUUCAGUACCUAAUCAGUAUUAGUUAUGUGCAUCAUUGAACACAUAUACCAGAGCCAUUUUAGAAAUGGCUGAAAUACAUCUUUUUGGACCACUUUGAAAUAAUAAAGACAAACACUAAACAGUACAACCGUGAAAUUGAUCUCCAGGGAUUACAGAUCUAAUUGGGAAAAGAGUUGAGCAAACAGUUUGGACUGUUUGGAGUUGUUGCCUUACUUUUUAAUAUGUAUUUAUAAAGUAUUCCAGCAAAAGAGGAUGUAGCCUCUGGAAAAAUGUUACAGUGUUUUUGUAGACUCUAGUUGAAUUUCUCAUCCCAGCGCCAGCCCUGUUUUUAGCUGGAAAGGAUUCAGGAUAACAUUAUUAUGCAUUCUGAAUCAGAUGCUUAUUCCUAACUACUGUAUUUGUUACCAAAAGUGGUUCUACAAAUGCUACUGAAAAAAAAAAUCUGGAAAUUCCUUAUGUCCUGAGUAUUAAUAAUAAAGUUUAAAAAUGCUUUUA